GCCAAGGGUGGGACAAAUGGCUUUCCCCAGGUACAAGGAAGAUCCAGAUCCGAAACAUCCCACCCCACCUGCAGUGGGAGGUGCUGGAUGGCCUGUUAGCUCAGUAUGGGACAGUGGAGAAUGUAGAGCAAGUCAACACAGACACAGAAACAGCCGUUGUCAACGUAACGUAUGCAAGUAAAGAAGAAGCAAAAGUAGCAAUUGAGAAGCUGAGCGACCACCAGUUUGAGAACUAUUCCUUCAAGAUUUCCUACAUCCCGGAUGAAGAGGUGAGCUCCCCUCCGCCCCCCCAGCGAUCCCGCCGCGGGGGCCACUCUUCCAGGGAGCAGGGCUCCUCCCCGGGGGGCUCCUCGCAGCCCAAACAGCUCGAUUUCCCACUGCGGAUGCUGGUACCCACGCAGUUUGUUGGUGCGAUCAUAGGAAAGGAGGGCUUGACCAUAAAGAACCUUACUAAGCAAACCCAGUCCAAGGUUGACAUCCAUCGGAAGGAGAAUGCCGGCGCUGCUGAAAAGCCCAUCACCAUCCAUGCCACGCCAGAGGGGUGCUCGGAAGCAUGUCGCAUGAUCCUUGAUAUCAUGCAGAAGGAGGCUGAUGAAACUAAAUCAGCAGAAGAGAUUCCCUUGAAAAUCCUAGCACACAACAGUCUGGUGGGGAGGCUCAUUGGCAAGGAGGGCCGCAACCUCAAGAAGAUUGAGCAGGAUACAGGCACGAAGAUCACCAUCUCCCCUUUGCAGGAUUUGACCAUUUACAACCCCGAGCGGACCAUCACGGUGAAGGGCAGCACCGAGGCGUGCUCCAAUGCUGAAGUGGAGAUCAUGAAGAAGUUGCGAGAGGCCUAUGAGAACGAUGUGGUGGCCGUCAAUCAACAAGCCAACCUGAUCCCAGGACUGAACCUUAAUGCUUUGGGCAUCUUCUCAACGGGGCUGUCCAUGCUCCCAUCUAAUCCAGGGGCCCGAGGGGCUGCAGCGGCCGCCCCAUACCACCCGUUUGCACAGCAGAGUGGUCGGAGGAGAACGAGCUCCUCAGCAUACCUGUCGGGUCUGUAUGGAGCCCCCCCAGCCAGCGCCUUUCCCCAUCAGCACCCCCUGCCAGAGCAGGAGGUUGUGAACUUGUUCAUCCCAACACAGGCAGUGGGGGCCAUCAUUGGGAAGAAGGGGCAGCACAUCAAGCAGUUGGCACGGUUUGCCGGCGCCUCCAUCAAGAUCGCCCCGGCAGAAGGUCCCGACGCCAGUGAGCGGAUGGUCAUCAUCACAGGGCCACCUGAGGCUCAGUUCAAGGCCCAGGGGCGGAUAUUUGGGAAGCUGAAAGAGGAAAACUUCUUUAACCCAAAAGAAGAAGUGAAGCUUGAAGCCCACAUCAAGGUGCCUUCCUUCGCUGCUGGCCGCGUGAUAGGCAAAGGUGGCAAGACGGUGAACGAAUUGCAGAACUUAACUAGUGCAGAAGUCAUUGUGCCACGAGACCAAACCCCAGAUGAGAAUGAGGAGGUCAUCGUUAAAAUCAUUGGGCAUUUCUUUGCCAGUCAGACCGCACAGCGGAAGAUCAGGGAGAUCGUCCAGCAGGUGAAGCAGCAGGAGCAGAAACACGUUGCUCAGGGAGCCCCGGCCUCGCAGCACAGCAAGUGA